CACCAAUCGACGCCCACCGAAGAAGUGCUCGCUGAGAUGGUAGCAUGGUUGAGAGCGACGCUGCUACUUGCCGCCACGCCGGUCGUCGUCGCCACCAUGUCGGACUGCACACCUGAGGCUUUGACCAACGUCAAGAGCGUGGCCAUGGGCCCGAUGGUGCUCAAGGCCAAGCUGCUUGCAAACGUCGCCUGCUUCCAAGUGAUCUUGACCGAACGAGCCGCCCCGUGGAUCGCCGUGGCCGUGGCCGCAUCGCCCGUGAUGGUGAACGCGCCCACAAGUUCUGCGGUGGUCUUCGACACAACGACCCUACUACCGCUCUUGUACGUCUUGAAGGGCUAUGAAGUCGCCGACGUCGUGUUGCAGAAAGACCAGUCGUCCAUCUCGGUGAUCGCAGCGUCGGCCACCCCCCAGCGGAUCUCGUUUAUCUUUGCGCGACCCAUGUCGGCUCAAACGCCCACGGACGUGGCCAUUGUACCUGGCGUGCCCAGCACGCUUUUAUGGGCGGUCGGCGACCACGCAUGGCCGUCGCACCACAUCGAGCGGGGCAUCGUCCACGUCACGAUUCCGUCGAGCGACUCGAGUGGGUCGGGUUCGAGCAGCGCUGUCUCGACGUUUGUGACAUCCUACACCGUUCUGAUCGUUCUCUCAGCCUUUCUUUGCAUUGUGCUCUUGGGGUUUGCGGCCACAGGGUGGCCUUGCGCCUUUGUGGGACAACCGCUCUGCCGCCCACCCAAGCCAACACGGACGGCGCCGUUGCGCCGGGUGCUCGCCGACGUCAGUAUCGGCAACGCCAUCGUCGUCAGCGUGUAUGUCAUGAGCCUCCUUGUCGUCGGUGUCGUCGUUGUCCACCAGUUUGGCGCCGAUGCGACGGGGGCGCGCCGUCUAUCUCUAGUCUCGGGGCACUUGGCCCUCGUCUCGCUCAUGUGGCUGCUACUGCCCAUUGCGCGAGGUUACCACUGGGAGCUCAUUUUCGGCAUCUCCCACGAACGUGUUCUCAAGUUCCAUCGGUGGUUGGGACUGCUUGUGACGUUGACGGCGGCGCUGCACUUGGCCGUCAACGCCAACCGGGGCAUCGACGUGCUCAGUCGCGCUGUCUACGGAACGCAGGAGGUCGUCCCUCUCUACGGCUUUGUUGCGUUCGUCGCUUUUUCUUCGAUAGCGCUUCUCGGGAUGCUCGAGCCGCUGCGUCGGACCAUGUACGAGGUGUUUUACCUUCACCACCGAACCUUUUCGAUCAUCGGGCUCGUCUGCGUCCUGCUCCACAGCAGCACGGUGGCCUAUAGCCUCGCGCUGCCGCUAGCGCUCUACGUCUGGACCUUGCUGCUGCGGAGUCGUGCCUACUGGACAAGUGCGGACGCAACGGUGUGCGACGCCUCGGAGAGCCGCCGCACCGUGGUACUUAUGCUACCGUUUACACCGACCACCAAGCAGUUUGCAGCAACGAUGCCGCCCGGUGCGUACUUUUUUCUACAAGUGCCCAGCGUCUCGGGCGUCGAGUGGCAUCCGUUCUCGGCUAUCGUGACGCCGGAUGGCAACUCGAUCGGGUUUUGCCUCAAAGCGUCAUCCCCUCAUUCGUUUGUGCACAAAGUACUUUGCAGUAACACGCGCGUCCUUGGCCUUCGACUGGGCGGUCCCUACGGCCGCAUCGCGCUCAACUGGAAUGCUCUGGACGUUGUUGUUUUGAUUGCCGGUGGCAUUGGCAUUACACCGCUUCUCAACAUCAUCAACCAACGCCGCCAGAAAGCCAAGGCCCGCACGAGCCUGCGCGCGCCGCAGCUCGUCUUGCACUGGAUUGUGCCAACGCCCGACGACCUCCUCUGCGCCGACCGACUCAUGUUUCCGAUGCUGCCGGACGUCCAGUGCCACUGCUAUGCCACACGCGCGACUGCCGACGGUGUCGUAACGAGCGCCUACGGCGGUGACGUGGCGUACGUGGCCAAGCGCCCUGUGCUGCAGGACGUCCUCGUACUCGAUCCGUUCGAGUCGCCGCGCGUCGGCGUCGUUGCGUGCGGACCCCAAUCACUCGUCGACGAAGCGCAGUACGAAGCGGCAUUGCGGGGCUUUUGCUUUCACAAGGAGCUCUUCGCCCUCGCGUGAGAUGCACCCACGGAGUGGCUUCCUCACAUUCCCUGGAAGCGUGCCAGCUGUUUGUUUGUGGUCAACAAAGAGCGUUUUACAAAAGUACGUUCUCUG